AUGAUGCCGAGGAUGACGAAGAGGCUGAGGAGGACGGAACGUCCAAACUUGUCUCCAGGGGGGAGGAAAGGGGUCACUGCAAAGAAAGGCGCAAGCAAGCUCACGCCAAUGGAGAAGCAAUUCCUGGACAUAAAAAGGAAGCACCUGGACACCCUCAUGAUUAUGGAAGUUGGCUAUAAGUUCAAGUUCUGGGGAGAAGACGCACGAGUUGCUGCCAAGGAAUUAAGUAUCGUGUGCAUACCAGGAAAAUUUAGAUUUGACGAGCACCCUUCCGAGGCCCAUCUGGACCGUUUUGCAUCGGCUAGCAUACCGACCCAUCGAUUACAUGUACAUGUAAAGCGGUUAGUGGGUGCAGGGCAUAAAGUAGGCAUUAUCCGGCAGUUGGAGACAGCAGCCCUGAAAGCGGCUGGAGACAAUCGAAAUGCUCCCUUCGUUCGGAAACUUACCAAUCUUUACACCAAGGGCACAUAUAUCGACGAUGUUGAAGGGCUGGAAGCAUCAGUAGGGGCACCCUCCAGCGGUACGCCUGCUACAGGCUAUCUCGUGUGCAUCACAGAAAGCAAUGCCAAAGGUUGGGGGACGGACGAGAAGGUCCACAUCGGUCUGGUCGCUGUGCAGCCUGCGACUGGCGAUGUGAUACACGAUGACUUCGAAGAUGGCUUCAUGAGAAGCGAAAUAGAGACUCGGUUACUUCACAUUUCGCCUUGUGAGAUCUUGAUUGUCGGCGAUCUUUCAAAAGCAACCGACAAAUUGGUACAGCAUCUGUCGGGAAGUAAGACCAACGUCUUCGGGGAAAGAGUGCGAUUGGAGAGACUCGACAAGCCGAAGACCAUGGCAGCGCAAGCUUACAGUCACGUUUCAAACUUUUACGCCGAGAAAAUGAAAGCCUCAACUGCGGAAGAUGAUGAGAAAGCAAGCAAGAUCUUGGACAACGUGCUAAAGCUCGCUGAGGGUGUAACAAUCUGUCUCUCUGCGAUGAUCACGCAUCUGACGGACUAUGGCCUCGAACAUGUUUUCGAUCUCACGAAGUAUUUCCAGUCAUUCAGUGCUCGAUCGCACAUGCUGCUCAACGGAACCAGCCUAACUAGCCUUGAGAUUUACCAGAACCAGACAGACCAUACUGAGAAGGGGAGCCUGUUCUGGACCCUGGACAGGACUAAGACACGCUUCGGCCAGAGGCUGUUACGCAAAUGGGUAGGCCGACCGCUGCUUCGGAAGGCUGAGCUGGAAGAACGCAUCGCCGCUGUCGAAGAGCUCAAUGAUGACCAGCCGACAGUGCGAGCGGACAAGGUCAAACACCUUCUUUCUCAGAUCAGAAGUGAUCUGGAGAAGAGUUUGAUACGCAUCUACUAUGGCAAAUGUACUCGCCCGGAGCUAUUGACUGUCUUGCAGACUAUGCAACGCAUCGCCACUGAGUUCGUCUCAGUAAAAAGGCCUUCGGAUGCUGGCUUCCAGUCAUCAAUCAUCAACAAUGCUAUUGCCGCUCUUCCAACCAUCGCGGAGGAUGUAGUUUCAUAUUUGGACCAAAUCAACCCAGAAGCCGCUAAGGCAGACGACAAGUAUGCUUUCUUCCGAGAAGAGGUGGAAAGUGAAGACAUCAUGGAGCACAAGAUGGGUAUAGCAAGUGUUGAGCAGGAGCUUGACGCUCAUCGACCCGUCGCCGCUGCAAAGGUUAAGAAGGUGAAGGUAGAAUAUGUCACGGUUGCUGGCAUAGAGUAUCUGAUCGAGGUGGAUAAUGCACUACUGAAAAACGUCCCAGCUUCAUGGGCAAAGAUCAGCGGUACAAAGAAGGUUUCACGAUUCCACACACCGGAAGUUGUGCGUCUCAUUCGUGAAAGGGAUCAGCAUAAAGAAGCGUUGGCUGCCGCGUGCGAUAUUGCAUUUGCCGGACUAUUGGCGGACAUCUCAUCCAAGUAUCAGUCAUUCCGAGAUUGCGUUCAGGCUCUUGCCACGCUUGACUGCUUACUGUCUCUUGCCGCCAUCGCCGGUCAACCAGGCUACGUCAAGCCAGAGUACAUGGACGAGACGUGCAUAUCUGUUGAGCAGGGCAGACAUCCCAUGGUCGAACAGCUUCUCCUUGAUACCUACGUGCCCAACGAUACUGAUCUCGCUUCGGAUCGCACGAGAGCCUUGCUCAUCACCGGUCCAAACAUGGGAGGCAAGUCAAGCUAUGUUCGCCAAGUCGCUCUUAUCUCCAUCAUGGGCCAGAUUGGAUCUUAUGUCCCUGCCGAGUCCGCUAAGCUUGGCAUGCUCGAUGCUGUCUUCACCCGCAUGGGUGCCUUUGAUAACAUGAUGGCGGGAGAGUCUACCUUCAUGGUGGAACUAUCCGAAACGUCGGACAUCCUGAAGCAAGCGACAUCAAAGUCGUUGAUCAUUUUGGAUGAACUCGGUCGCGGAACCUCGACACACGAUGGCGUCGCCAUUGCCCAAGCUGUACUGGAUCAUGUGGUCAGAGAAAAGAAGAGCUUGACGCUCUUCAUCACCCACUACCAGAAUCUCAGCGCACUCGCCAAGGGGUUCGAAAAUGGCGAGCUGAAGAACGUACAUAUGCGCUUCAAGGAAACUGGCGAUGCUAGCCAGGAGAUCACAUUUCUCUACGAGAUUGGCGAAGGCGUGGCUCAUCGGUCCUACGGCUUGAACGUCGCCCGCCUAGCCAAUGUCCCAGAGUCUGUCCUCGAUGUUGCUGCAGUCAAGUCGAAAGAGCUAGAACAUGAGGCUAGUGAGAAACAGCUUGGUCAUUUGUCUCGGUCUCUUCAUUCGAUGCUUUCCGACCAAAACAAUAUACAGCUAGAUGUGAUGGUCACUGGGAUCGAGCAGCUGUAG